AUGAACACCUACUCUACGCCCGCGUACGGCUCAGGCAGUUCUGGAGGUGAUAUUGGCGGCUCAGGUUAUCAGAGCUGCAUGCAGAUGUGUGCCGCGUCCUAUGGCGCUCCUACGAUGGCAUCCUCUGUAUGGUCCUCUCCCCCUGCCACAACUACUGCAGCGGGUGGUUCUGGCGGUAUGACACAUACCGUUAUUGUUGCUCCUACCCAGGGCAUUUUGCGUUACGUGCCUUUUGCCAUCAAUGCAUCUGUUGGUGACACCGUCACUUUUGUCUGGAAUGCCAACAACCACACCGUUACGAAGUCAUCCCAAUUGGCGAUCUGCAAUAAAACUUCGGACAUGCCAUUUGCUUCAGGGGAGCAGAAUAAGAGCUUCGUUUUCACCCAAAAGAUCAACGAUACCAAUACGACAUUCUUUUACUGUGGAACUCCUGGACACUGUCAGAAAGGGAUGUUCGGUAUCAUAAACCCUCCCAAUGCUGUAACAGGUAGCAACGCAACGGUGUCUAGCAUGAUGCCUGUCAUGGCUUCGAACAGCUCGAACAUGACUGCAAUGGUCCAGUACACACAAAUGGUGACGGCGAACAACACCGUGGCUGCCAACUGGGGCGGAAACAUCGACAUGAGCGGUAUGCCUGCAUCGUCCUACCAAAAUAUGCUCGAAAAUGUGUUGUAUAUGCGUACCUUCCUGGCUGCCAAUCCGGAAAUUUUGUCAGCGGACGGCGCUAUCAACCUUUCUAGCGCGGGAACCACACCACUCAUAAUUCCAAAGGACAUUACAGUCGCUGCCACCAAUUCGUCCACAGGGUCUACAUCUUCUGGAUCUCCCACUUCCGGAUCACCGACUGCCGGAGCCGGCAGCAGCAGCAGCCCAUCACCGGCCUUGAAAGGUGGUGCUAGGGGUCUCGGUUCAUCGAGCAUCCUCGUCAGCGUUGCUGCUGCCUCCCUUGCCUUCGUCCUAUGA